AUGAGGCUGGGAGCUGGUUUUACUUGGCAUCUUGCUGCUGCUUUCCCACCGACCAAACUCCUAGCCGCCAACGUGAGCGCAGCCAGUGUGCAGCAGUUUGUGGUCGCUCCUUUAUCCCAGGUUCCCCCUCACCUCCUGAAAACUGUGUCCCAAAGUUCUUCAACUUACUCCAGCAAAGCACACGGAGACAAAAAAGAAAUACGAACCCCCCCGUCCACCCUGGCGUUUCCUUGUGUUGAUGGCAUUUAUCUCCCAAAGCAAGAAAAUGCAUUUGUGCACCAAGUCAUGGAUGAGCUUGAAAUAUACCAACGGAAGAGCAACCACAAAAGUGUACUCGUGUUCCCUCAUCUACCCAGUAGGCUGCGCUACCUGAUCCACAAGACUAUAGAGGAAGUGCCAGAGCUGACCUCCUUCUCUGUAGGAGAGAUCUUCUGCCGUAGGGUGGUGGUCUGUUAUUCUCAGCUCAGGGAUGAGGCAGAUGAAGACAGUGUGGAGAGCAAUGAUGGCCUCUGUGAGGAGCCUUCAAUAGGCAAACAGAUGAUCGGAGAAAUUGCGAAACUUAAAUCAUCACUCUCACUCCAAAACAAAGCACCCAGGAGGCCAGACAAACCUCUUUAUAUGCCGAGAGCUGUUCGGGAGAGACUUUCCUUACACAACCUUGCGGGACCUUCAGGAGGCACAGUGUUUGUAAAUCCUGCCUCUGGUAACUGCGGGUGUAUCAGCAGUUCAUCCGGCUCUUCUUCCUGCUGUACAAAGGAUGAAGGGGCUUCAUCUGCAUGCACGCAGGAUUCCCUGCCCAGUGGAGCUGACGGUGUCUUUGACCACACUGAAGACUGUUCACUAGUUGGUCACCAGGAGAAAGCACAGGAUUUGGUGCUGGAUAACAGCCCCCACCUCACUGUGAACCAAACUGCAGCAUACCUCUGUGCCAUGACUCUGGUGGAGGAGGAGGAGGAGGAGGAGGAAAACUUGGCACACAGUUCCCAUAAUGAAAACACAAGCACUGACACUUAUGAAUUGACUGUUGAGAUAAGGGCACAUCUGAAAGAGGCAGCGGAUGUUUCCAUUGAGGAUGUCUACAACGAUUAUUCCACUUAUGAGAAGGUGUGGAACAGCUCAGAUGAGUUUGGACACGUGAUCGAAAUUUAUGACUUCCCAUCCAUGUUCAAAACAGAUGACCUUCUGGAUGCUUUCAGAGAAUACAGUGAUGGUGGAAUGAAAAUCAAAUGGGUGGACAACACACAUGCUCUUGGUGUUUUCUGCAGUGAGUCAGCAGCGCUCAGUGCUCUCUCCAUCUCUCACCCCCUGUUGAAAGCACGUGCUUUGGCUGUAGGGAGUAAGAAAUCCAAAAGCAAGGCUGUGAGACGUGCAGAGUUCAUCCAGCCAGUGAAAGAACGUCCAAAGACCGACUGUGCUGUCGCCAGACGGAUGGUAACCAGAGCCCUGGGCCUGCAGAGAGGUGCACGAGGGCAGAGAUACUAAGAAUGACUAACGCUGUGGACAAACAGAGAACGUCUCAGCAAUUGUUGGUUCUCUGCAGAUGUUUGAUAACUCCUCAAACCAGUCAGCUGACCUUCCAGAUCACAACAACCACCAGAUAUUUGUGUACUUCUACGAUUGUCAAGAUGGCAAAGUGACGAGGUCAGAGGUCACACUGAGGUAUCAGUUGUUUAAAAAAUAGUGUUUGGAGCAGUUGUCUGCUUCUGAAGAAGCUCUUGAAGUUACACAGAGGAGUUCUUGAUUUCUUGGAUUUGGUUGCAUGUUAGUUUGAAAUUAAGGUAUGUUUUGAGGAUGUUUAAAUUCACAAGGGGUGGCGUUGUGUUUCCUCCUUGCCGAAGUUAAAGCCACUUUUAUAAGUUUGUAGGUUGUAAUUCUUUAUUGACUUGAUGUCACCUUUUCCAUGCAUAGUCAAGAUUAAAGUUAAAGAGAUAUGUUUACUUGUUGGAGCCAUUUUUAUAGACUGAUGUUCAAGAAAGAACACUGAUAAUGACCCACCAUUAGUCACCAAGUUGUUUCUGAUGACAGUUGACUGUACUCUUUCAUAAAGUUGCAGUAAAUAUUGUUUAUCUAAGUCUAAGAUUUUGAGGAAUAUAUUCGUAAAGAACCCAAUGUAAGAACAUUGUAAUGUUAAAAUCAAUAUAUAUAUAUAUAUAUAUAUAUAUAUUUCUUGUAAAUGUUACAUUCUUUGUUUUAAUAAACAAGUUGAAAAGGUUUUACUUGUUAAAAAGUUUGUUUCACUAUUUGAAAUGACUGUUGUUGAGCUAACGUGGUGCGUUCCUGCGCUUUCUCACUUCCGUACUGCAUAAAACUGUUUGAGUGAUGGAAAACUAAACAGUGUCAUCUUUAUAAUAUAAUUUUAUGUUUGACAUUUAAAAAAACAUGACAAAACAUUGAGGCCAACUAAUACAUUUUUGUUGGUGCAAAAUGCCAUAAAGAUAUGAGUGUGCUUUGAGUAAAGAUUGUAUUUGGCAGUUCCAUUUUUUUAUAGUUUUUCAGGACUCCCCACAAGCCCUUGUGCCUGGCGUGGUUCUAUCAAGUUUAAGUGCAUGUAAACACUAGUUUAUAACAGCAUGUUUUUAGUUGAAUGAAUGGUACCUUUUACUCGGAAUUUACUGGAAAUUAAAUAAAAACAAAUAAUGAAACAGUUUUUCAGGGUAUCCCUGCAUUCCCGGAGCUCUGAUGUGGUUUUGGUGUACAAAAAUCUGCCACGUCGGAAAAAGGAAGUGUACGAGUGCCUGAAAUCUGUUCUCCAAAACCAUUUGAGGGAUUGGAUGGUGGGAAUUUCUGUUGUGUGCCUGAAUGCAGCACCUUAAAAAUGGUGUGAAAAGGGCAUUCUAUCCAUUUCUACCCAAAGACCGUCAACAGUUCAGACUGUGGAAGCAGGCCAUCUGACAAGAUCAGUGUGAGCACAAAACCUGUAAAUCUGUUAAGACCAUAUUGAAGAUGGUAACUUUUUUAUUUGCAUGUUAUUCACGAAUCCUGGAUGGGGUCUUUUAAUCUUCUGCCCCGAUUACUUCAAUAAAAUACAUUUCACCAA